GACCAAUCGGUAUAAUGUCUCAUAGAGGGUAUUAAACUUCUAGGAUACUAACUGGAGGGGUCGUUAUAAAUCAAUGUCCUUGGGUUGAAACCGUUAUUUUUGAUGAUCCAAUCAGUAACUGUCAUGAGCCCAACACGGGAAAUUAUCAAAUUAACAACUUUUUCUCUCACAUAGACUACUCAAUAUUUAUAAAAGGUGUCAGCUUGGGGAGAGUAAACUUGGAAAGGGUAAACAUUUUUUCUUACUUUUUUUCUUUGGGACAACGACCGGUAAACAUGGCAGAAGGAGACUUCUACACUCUUGGAAGUAGGCAGAGGGUCCCCCGAGAUCCGUUCAGAGAGAGUCCGUCAAUCGCCUCCCGAUUUAUGGACGAUGACUUUGGGAUGUCCCCUUUCCCCGAAGACUUGUCAAUGGACUGGCCCGGCUGGGCUCGGCCUAGCCGGCUCAGCACGCGGCUUUCCGCACCGUUUACAGGCACUCUGCGCACUGGGUUUCAGCCAACGCGCGCAUCGACUGGGCAGACGCCGGUGUAUUGCACGAGAUACAGCGAGUCCCCCCGCAGCUCUCCGACCCAAACACCGGGAGAGCCCUGGAAAGUGUGUGUGAACGUCCACAGCUUUAACCCAGAGGAACUUAAUGUCAAAACCAAAGAUGGGUUUGUAGAAGUGUCAGGAAAACAUGAAGAGAAGCAAGAGGAAGGAGGUAUAGUGACAAAGAAUUUCACAAAGAAGAUACACAUAGGAACACUUGGCAGCUCAUAUGGAAACUCCAGCGACGGACAGAGAGCCUUAAAUGGCCAAGCUGCUUCACAAAGUCCAGAGACCAGUCUGUCUGGGGAUUCCAAUCGACGUGGACCCUCUGACGGUCUUUGCCUCCUUGUCGCCAGAGGGUGUGUUGAUCAUCGAGGCACGGCAGAGCCCUCCCUACUACCUCUUCAGUAACGAAGGUCCUCAGGGAGAGAGGCAGGAGGCCACCAUGGUCUAGGGUGAAGUCCAGGACCGAGCUCUCUCGCCUGGGGAGACACAGGCUCACCCCGGGCCCCCUCGGGACAUAAUAGAGCAUCCAGCAGACUAGAGAAAGGGCUAACACAGGUUCAAAGCCAUCGAGACCUUCUGCGUUAUGUUGUUGGGGUGGGUCCGAAAUGGCACCCUAUUCACUAUUAAGUAGUGCACUGAAUAUGGUCCCAAAGAAGCACUCUGAUUUUCGUUUUGAGUGUUAAGUAAUCACUCAAUCACUCCCCUAAAAUAUAUAAUAAUAACAUGGUGUUUGUGUAUCUCUUGGCAGCGAAGGCUAUUUGGAUCUGUCACAGAUUUAAUUAAAAGUCCCAAACUAAAUCAAUCCUAAUGUCUCACAGUGGAGUUGCUAUGUACAGUAUGCAUCCAGUCCCAGAUGCAACACUGAACCGACUCCAGAUCCUAAACUGAGCAGCCUAGAAGCCAGCUGGGGCCCAUUCUGCCUGGUUCAUCCUGUGAUGUCUUGGUUUUCUAUCCGUAUCCCAUUUGUCAUGAAAACGUCACUUGACAGAAUGCUUCAUAUUAUGUUAAAUGUGUAAUUGAAAGAAGCACAUUCAAAUGGAUCAUCAAAUAAAGUCAUCCCAUAUGGCUUCAUUUCUGAGUGGGAAGACUUAAUGAAAGGGAUAUUCCCAUCAUUAUAGUGUGUAACCUACUGUACGUGUGUGUUGAAACCGUAUUCUACCCUAAUGCAGGCCUACUGUCUGUAAAUACAUUGCACUUAACAGUACGUGCCAACCCAUAGACACAUAUAUUUGAGAGCCAUGAUUACCCUACCUAGAGGUCUUACAAACGGAUGUUCGCUGCAUUUUUCUAUUUGUGCAUGUAAUGAUGACGCUGUGCUCGUUCUUGGUGCAAAGGGAAUGCAUUUUUUGCUAGACAUCUCCUCUCCCUCCCCCCUCUCCUUCCUCUGCCCUCCCUCAUCUCCUUCUCUCCUCCUUUCCCUCAUGUCUUUGUAUUUGUUUAUGCAAUAAAACCUCCCAUCAAUCCCA